AUGGCUCAACUUGUGACAAAUCCAAAAGCACGAGAACUUUUAAAAGAUCCUGAAACAGCUAUGCUCAUGAGAAUGAUGCAAGAACAACCAAAUAAUACAUCACUUUUAACUAAUUCAAAAUUAUUAAAAUUGAUUCAAACUGUAUUUGGAAUUGACAUUGGUACUGGAAAUGAAAAUGAUAAUGAUACUAAAAUGGAAACUGAUACAAAACCAACAACUACAAAAAAAGAAACAAAUACUUCAAUAUCAUCGAAACCAUCAACAACUACAACUACAAAUAAAACAAAUGAAUAA